GGGAUUCCCCAUCUCCCUGAGUUUCCCUCCUGCCUGUCCCAACCCGUGUCAGGUCCUUCUUCCUGGAUACUGCUGACGCAGACCCAGCUCUCACUCCCAUUGGGUGGGCGGUUUCCAGAGCCGCCAAGAGAGAAACCGCGGUUCCCGGUUGUAAUGUCCCCACGGACUCGGAGUCUCCCCAGACCGCGAGGAUGGCGGUCCCGGCGCCCCGAACCCCGCUCCUGCUGCUGUGGGGGGCCCUGGCCCUGACGGAGACGCGGGCGGGCCCCCACUCCAUGAGGUAUUUCCGCACCGCCGUGUCCCGGCCCGGCCGCGGGGAUUCCCGGUACAUCUCCGUCGGCUACGUGGACGGCACGCAGUUCGUGCGGUUCGACAGCGACGCGGCGAGUCCGAGGGUGGAGCCGCGGGCGCCGUGGGUGGAGCGGGAGGGGCCGGAGUAUUGGGACCGGGAGACGCGGGUCGCCAAUGGCCACGCGCAGACUUUCCGAGUGAACCUGCGGAACGCGCUCCGCUACUACAACCAGAGCGACGGCGGUGAGUGACCGCGCCUCGGGUCACAGGUCACGACCCCGAACCAUCCCCACAAACAAGCCCGC